AGAAGUGACAUACUGAAGAAUGAUCCGAAACAUGGUCUCACUGCAGGGGAUGCUGAGUCUUAGCCUGUGGUGAACUCAAACGCUUCCUCUGCAUGAUCCAGCAAUGCCUGAAAAGGAGGAUGGUUGAGCAAAGUUAUCUUGAUGACAAAUCUCUUAAACUUUUUCUCCACAUACACUGCUAGAUGACCUCUAGGCACAUCCUCUGGAAUUGGACCAUCUUUCUUGUAUAUGCAAAACAACAAACCCCAAUCUCUAACAUAAGCCAAGGUUCUAUACUUCAAAUACUGAUACAGACACUUCUGAACUUACAGAAACUUUGAGUCUGAAUCUGGGCUUUCUUCAUCAUCUUCAUCAGGUGCUCUCUCCUGUGUCUAUCCAUGAGAGAGACAGAUAACAGGGAGGAAGAUGAGGGAGAGAUGGAAUGAUAUGAGCUUUGAAAGUGCUGUAGCAAGGUUAUAUAUAUAUAUAGCUCUGUUAGUAUAAAACACACUUCCUCUUUCACUAGCUGUUCUUUAGGAGGAAUCAAAAGUUAAGAGCAUGUAGAUUAUUCUAAGCAGGGAGGAUUAGUACAUCUUUUGUCAUUGAGUGAUUUUUAUAUGAUGCAUCAUUGCAACCUGAUGCAUCAAAUUUACGAACUAUAAUACCUCAUAUUAUCAGGGAACAGCAUUCAACGUGCUUAAGAGAUCAUGUCUUACAAUGGACUCAAAAUAUGAAGAGAUGAAUUAUGAAGAUUGAUCUAAUUGCCCAUACUAGCUGACACAGUAUUCAUUCUUCAAGAAGGAAAAUUAGUCUAAGUGAAAAGAACAUUCUUUCCUCCUUGUUUCUUUGUCGGUUGCACUAAGCACACAGAUGCUGGGAGUUGAAUGAUGUAAAAAUGGGGUUUAUCUUGAAUCAUGCAAUCUCCCUACUGACUCGGCAAUUGGAGUAGAGAGUUGGCACGGUUGGAGAAAGAUCGAAGAGAAUGAAGAGAGGCAAAGGGAAAAAUCGUUUGAGCCCUUCAUUCCUUGGCAACAAAGUCUACCUUCACGGCAAAUGGUUUUGUUGCUGUAUGUUGUGUCUUUGGGCCCCCUGUUUCUCAUUU